AUGAUUCAGUCCGAAAAUGUCCAGGAUGUGUUGAACACAGACAUCAGAACCCCCAUUCCUGAUGCGAUUGUGUCGAAGAUUAUUUCUCGGCCUCCCUUUGUCAAUGUCCCUGGAGUAUCCAAUAUCCGAGACUUGAGCUAUGAGAACAACCUACGCCCAGGCUAUGUCUACCGAUCCGGGAACAUGGCCGACAUUCUAGAUGCAGGCAAAACGUUGUUGGUCGACGAGCUGAAGAUUACUACGAUCUUUGACCUUCGGAAUCAAGGCGAGCGAGAACGAGCUCCCAGUCCAGAAAUCGAAGGCAUCAAGACGAUAUGGAUGCCGUACGGGGCCAGACCGGCUUCUCUGAAUCUAAAAGAUUUCGCUGGGGAGGAUCAAGGCGACAAUGGCUUUGUGAAGAUGUACACGGGUAUUCUCGAGGCCGCAAGCCCGGCGUUCACGGAAAUCUUCAAGCAUAUCAGAGAUAAGCCUAAUGAUCCGUUCAUAUUCCACUGCUCUGCCGGCAAAGACCGUACUGGAGUUCUAUCAGCAUUGAUUCUGCUCCUCAUCGACCGACCGCAUGAGGAGAUCAUUCGCGAUUAUAUGCUCACUCGCGCUGCAUUGGAGAAUGUACGCGAAAAUUUGACCCAAGCACUUGCGCUUCAUUUUGGUACCGACCAUCUGAGUCCCGAAGCGAUCGGCAUGUUAGAGCUGAGUGGCGUCCGGGCGCACGCCAUGGCGGCAUUUCUGAAGACGUUUGAAUGUUCAUACGGCGGCGUUGAAGGCUACUUGACCAAAGCGCUCUUCUUUUCGCCCGAGGACAUAAAGAAGAUGCGUCAUAACCUGAUGGCUGAACACGAACUCAAUUAG